AUGGGUAAUAAAACAUUAUGUUGCUCUGGCUCUGAUCAUUUUGGAAGCAGCUCAAAAAUGAGUUUAUAACCUAACAUUGCUGCUCAUGCUUCAUUUGCUGGUUGCCAAAUUAACUUAAGUUAUAGCAAGCUAUUGUUUAAUGAAGAUGUCGACACAAUUGUUUUAAUUGUAAGCACAAGACUUAAAAUGGGAUAAAAUAUGGAGGAUCUACUUAAGUAUUCUAUAAUUAUUUAAAAUAGAAAAUAUGGAGGGUAGUCUGUAAUGAAUGAACUUAAAUAAGUACGUUUAAAUGAAGGUGGAAAACUUGAAUUAGGUUAAGUAGUGUAUACACAUGCAGGAGACGUAUAAAUAUAGACAUUAAUAAAAGAUGGACUUUGAUUAUAUUAUAUACACUGUGCUAUCAAGUGGAUGUGAAACUACAAUGAUGAUGCCGAAAAGUUCAUUUACUACUGAUGGUUCUACUGAUUUUUAACCAACAGAAUCUUUAUAAGAGGGUCUUAGGUAAUAAAUAGAUGGAGUUCAUAUAUAUACUGAUAAAAUGAUUGAUUCAUAAUAGACGCAUGAGAGAUAAAACAUUUAUGAAUGCAUGAUUAAUUGUCUACAAUUAGCAGCAAACUUAGGAGUCAAAUCAAUUGCAUUUCCAUUGUUGGAACCAUUCAAUGGACAUAUUUCUAAAUCUAAAAUAGCAGCAAUUAUGUUAUUUGCUAUUAAAUAGUUUUUAAAAGACAAUUCAAAAAGUUCUUUAGAAGAGAUCAAAAUUAGUUCUUAAGUAAUUUUAUCAAUUUUCUAAAUUUAGGAUACUUAAGUCAUUCGAUUAUUUAAAUAUAUAAUUAAUCAUAUAUUAUGUGAUAAUUCAGAAACAACAAUAGAUCCAAAAAAUAGAUCAGCAUUAAAAAAUAAAGACUUAAAGGCUAGUUCUAUAUACAGUAGUGAAUAUGAUGAUAAUGAAUAACUUGAUUAAAUGAAAGUUGAUGACUUAAUGAAAUUUUUCCACGCAUAUGAUGGUGGAAAUGAUACAAAUAAACGUAAAAGCUCUUUUUGA